UGCGGGGGAUCAUAUCAUCAUAUUGUAUCCAGCCCAGAUCUCCACUUGUGCCAUUGUGGACGGCGGACAGCAGUAGUCGAGGCGUUUUAGGGCGAGCGCGUUGGAGCUUCAUAUCCCCCUGAGAGUUGGAUCAACUACGAGGGUCGUGUGCUGCGAAGGGGCAGCGCAAAGGAGAGCAAGAGUUGUUUCUGUCGCUCCCCUGCUGUCUAAUUCGAAGUAAAAAAUAAACGCCAACGAAACGCGGCGGGUUAAGACACACACAUCAUUAUGUCAUGUGCAACUAACGGCCCAAGCGGAGAUGAUGAUAUCGACCCGCUUGACGCCUACAUGGACUCCCUCGCCGACGAGGUCACCCAGCAAGCCGAAGAUGACACCGUCCAGUCCCCACCACCGUCACCGUCAAGUCAGCAGCCAUCCCCUGCACAGCUUGCGGUUGCCGACAAGGUGGCUGCUAGUCCAUUCUGCAACUUAAUCCCUCCUGCGACCACUUCGUCUGCCGAGGCUGCGGAGGCGUGCUUGAAGGUGCUGCUGCAUCAACCCGGAGAAUUUUUAAGUCGGUUCGGGCACAUCCUCACGCCAGGGGACCUUGAAUCUCUGCUCCCUUCUCAAGACCCCGCUGUAGCCUUCCACGUGGCAAGACUGAAAACCCUCAUGCUGUCCCAACAUCAACGCCAACAGCAACAGCACCAAGCACCGGUUGCACGUUCAGCCGAUGAAGAGGAUGUCGACAUGUCGCCUCCAACAACAGGGACAACGACGACUCCCGCCGUAGCAGCAGCCGUGAGAAUGGGUGGCAGUGGCCGCGGGGGCGGCGGAGACAACAGCGGCGGGGCUAGGGUGCGCAACCGGCGGUAUAGGAGGCUGCAGCAGCUGGCAGAAGGAGGGGUUUGGUUCAGCGACGAGGCGAUGAAGGAGAGAGACCCCUGGCUGUGGUUCGAGUACGUGGGGAAACGAGCGGGAGAGGAGAAGCCGGCGCCAAAACGAGCGGUAGAAGAGGUUCCCGGAAGCACGUCAGUUGGCACGUAUCUUCAGGAAAGCUUGGGCUUCCUGUCCCAGAAACAACCGAAUGGGGGGUGGCCCACAGGUUUGCCAACUUCUGGCGCUGGUGCUGGUGCCGGUGCCGGUGCCGGUGCCGGUGCCGGUGGUUCGAGGGGAGCUGGUUCGUCGUUAGGGAUGGCGUUUCUCUCCGGCGUAUGCGCAGCAAACGCUGGCGCUCGAGAUGUGGCGGCGGGGAAAACGGUAGAUUCUAGUGAUGUCCCAGAAGCGGCAUCGCCGCAGGCAGAAGUGAAGGGAGUUCAUUUCGCUUCCGGGAUGCCUGAUGACCGGGAGCGGUAUGCCUGCGAGGACGACGUGGAUGCUAGCGCAGCGGCGGUGACGGCGGCGGUGGGAGCUAUCGGUCUCCAAGACGAUGGAAAGAAGGCCGACGUUGAAGGCCGACGCGUUCGAUUUUCGGAUGAAAUGGGUUCGGAUGGCGGAGGGGGGUCGGGUGGAGGGGAUGAUGGAGCGCAGGAUGGGAAUGGCGAUGACGGGAUGCACGAAGAGGAGGAGGAGGAGGAGGAGGAGGAGGAGGAGGAGGAGGAGGUGGGGCGAGAGGCGGUCGCCCGAAUUCUGUCCGAGAGGUUUCUGGCCGGGUUGGAGCAGGGCGUGGACUACAGGAGCGUGGACGGGGACGAGAGGCUGGACGACUUGGACCAGCUCUCGAGGGACGAGCAAGAUCGAUGGUUCCUGGGCGAGGAAGAGGACAGCUCCAUGGACUCAGUUACCUAGGUUGAGAAUGCCCCAUGGCUUGGGGCCUGUAAAGAUAGCGCGCGCUUCUCGAGCUUGCAUGCAUCCUGUCGACCAUGUGGAUUCCCGUACGCUAUUUCCACUCGACGACGCCUUGUUUUUAUGAAGGGCGUGCUUCGAAUGCAAUGCAAACUCUCAGGGUGGUCGUUCUAACCCCUGGUGUUUUUCAGCGCUCCCAUUACUGCUGCUGGUGACCAGAGUCUUGGCUGAGUUACUCUUCCGUCGUCGGGCGCAGCGAAUGUACGAGUGCACGAAUCGAGGUCGACUUGACACGGUGUCCGUUGGCUGCUUUUGUCGAAGUAGCUUCGGUGAAUGCAACCGCUAGACUGGUCGUUCUCGGGUUGUAAUCGAGAUAAAGCAUGCAGCAGUGCCUGGCCAGCUCCACGAGCCCGAGUGCAUGGAGCUGAAGUCGGUGAUGUCUGCCGCUGGCCGCCUCUUCUGUGUGCGCCGCUUCUUUUAGACUAUCGGUUUUGAUUACCCUUUGU